AUGGGAUCAUCAUGGAAGGCCACAGCCUUGCUAACAUGGCUUCUUGCUGCAGAAUCAGUACACGGCCUUCCGCAGUCGCAGCCUAUUGGCAGCGUUGCGGAAAGCAUCUUGGAGCAGACGGCUACAGAGCCUAGUACUUCUUUCAAGACUCAGUAUCCACCGUCAAAUUCUGAAGCCCGAGUGUUUAUCCCAGAGGCCUCGCCGGUCUACCGGAUUGCCCUCGAUAAGCAAGGCCAUCCUUCCGAGCCUCCUUUUCCGUCAACAAACGUCGACCGGGUUCUAGAUGGCAUCGUGGACUUAUUGUCUCCCAACAAUUCGAGUACCAAUCCUGCUCCGUCAGCUACAUCUGUACUUCCUGCCACAGCCCCGGCGACGGUUGCUUCUCCAACAGAGGUAUCGGGCCAAAGUCCUUCCACCGAUCUGCCUGGACCUCCAGACAGCAUCGCGGACUUAUUGUCUCCCAGCGAUUCGAGUACCAAUCCUGCUCCGUCAGCUACAUCUAUACUUCCUGCCACAGCUCCGGCGACGGUUGCUUCUCCAACAGACGUAUCGGGCCAAAGCCCUUCCACCAAUCUGCCUGGACCUCUAGACAGCAUCGCAGACUUAUUGUCUCCCAACGAUUCAAGUAACAAUCCUGCUCCGUCAGCUACAUCUGUACUUCCUACCACAGCCCCGGCGACGGUUGCUUCUCCAACAGAGGUAUCGGGCCAAAGUCCUUCCACCGAUCUGCCUGGACCUCCAGACAGCAUCGCGGACUUAUUGUCUCCCAGCGAUUCGAGUACCAAUCCUGCUCCGUCAGCUACAUCUGUACUUCCUACCACAGCCCCGGCGACGGUUGCUUCUCCAACAGACGUAUCGGGCCAAGGUCGUUCCACUGAUCUGCCUGGACCUCUAGACAGCAUCGCAGACUUAUUGUCUCCCAGCGAUUCGAGUACCAAUCCUGCUCCGUCAGCUACAUCUGUACUUCCUACCACAGCUCCGGCGACGGUUGCUUCUCCAGCAGACGUACCGGGCCAAGGUUCUUCCACUGAUCUGCCUGGACCUCCAGACAGCAUCGCGGACUUAUUGUCUCCCAGCGAUUCGAGUACCAAUCCUGCUCCGUCAGCUACAUCUGUACUUCCUGCCACAGGUCCGGCAACGGUUGCUUCUCCAACAGACGUACUGGGCCAAGGUUCUUCCACUGAUCUGCCUGGACCUCCAGACAGUCCCGAUUACCCUUCUACUAUGGACGACCAGGAUGUCUUCGAGCCAGUGGCCACUAAUGCGCCUCCUGCGAAUAUCAAGGCUCGUCAUGAUCACCCGGUGAAGAAUCUUCAUGCGAAUACUUCUCAUCCGAUUGAAACCAACAAAUUCUACGCUGGGCUAUUUCUUGGAACUCAGACAAAUGCUAGCUUCACACAGCCCUACUCUCUCGGUUGGUCGAGAGGACAAGGUACCCUCAAGAGCUUUGGCGUCGGAGUCUCGCAUCUGGAAGCUAAGGUACUGGCAUUUGGUCCAAAGAACCAUAAGCUCCCAGGUAGCCCUGCUGAGUACUACAUCAAUCCCGUGGGCCUUCAGCAUAUUGUUCUAUCUGCCACCGAGCUGGAUAAGUCGAGUGUCCUCGACGUCGAGGAGCCCAAGGCUUUCUCCGCCCACGCUGUCUUGAAACGAUCUGCUGGUUCCCAUCAUAGCAUUACCUUCCCCGUUGUUCAAGGUAUGGGAUUUAUCACCGGUAUCUACAACCGUCUUCAACCCCUGAUCGAGAGUGGAGUUUUCUUCCGCAAGGUUGUCAGCGCUGGAUCGCCCAAGCCUGGAAUCUUCAAGUACCAGGUUGCUUUGGAAGAUGACACGCACUGGGUACUCUAUGCCUCUCCCAACGAUGGAAUUGACCCCAACCUGAAAUUGGUUUCCAAGUCGAGAAUCCGUGGUACUCAUGGGUUCUCUGGUGCUAUUCAGGUCGCCAAGAACCCUGCUGGCAAGUCGGGUGAGAAGUUCUACGACAACUCUGCUGGUGUUUAUCCCGUUUCGGGUCACAUUACUGGCUCUGUGACUGGCGAUACUGGCUCAUACAGCUUGGCCUGGGCCAAAGCUGGAAAGCACGCCCACGGAACACCCCUCAUCAUGUUCGCCUUGCCGCAUCACCUCGAAUCCUUUGACCGCGAUACUGCCGCGCGUGUCACCAGCAUACACCUUCGCAGUACUACCAAGGGCAAUGCGACAGCCGUUAUUGGCGAUAGCUGGACGAUGGUUGAGCCCGAUCUCCCGGUUGAUAUGGGAUUUGCUCCUUGGUCAGCGACGUCAGGCAAUGUCCACACCUUAUCCCCUGAAGCCAAGAAAGCAAUUGUCCAGGUUGCCCCCUACGAGCUGCAGCAGAACAUCUCCCAGGAGAGCAACCUGAACAGCAUGUAUUACAGCGGCAAAGCCCUAAGCAAGUUCGCAACUCUCGUCUGGACUGUUUCCCAACUUGGCGGUGAUUUGCAUGCAGCCAGCGAUGCCUUCCAGGAACUCAAGAGCAGCUUUGCGCGCUUUGUGAAUAACCAACAAGAGUACCCUCUCGCAUAUGACUCUGUCUGGAAGGGUGUUGUGUCGACGGCAGGAUACAAAGGCGAUUUGAACCAGGAUUUCGGAAAUACCGCGUACAACGAUCACCAUUUCCACUACGGCUACUUCAUCCAAGCUGCAGCGAUCAUUGGCUCUCUUGACUCCAACUGGCUGGCCCAGAAUAAGGACUGGGUUAACAUGCUGGUCCGUGAUGCCGGCAACUCAGUGGAGAAUGACCCGCACUUCCCCUUCUCUCGUGCCUUUGACUGGUUCAACGGUCACUCUUGGGCCAAAGGUCUUUUCGAGUCCUACGAUGGUAAGGAUGAGGAGUCCACUUCAGAAGAUACCAUGUUUGCGUAUGCUGUGAAGAUGUGGGGUCGUACAAUCGGCGACGUGAGUAUGGAGGCUCGCGGCAACUUGAUGCUGGGCAUCAUGCGCCGAUCUCUGGACAACUACUUCCUCAUGCGCAACAACAACGUCAACCAACCCUCAAAAUUUAUCGGAAACAAGGUCACUGGCAUUCUCUUUGAAAACAAGGUCGACCACACCACAUACUUCGGUAACAACUUAGAAUUCAUCCAAGGAAUCCACAUGAUCCCUCUCCUCCCCAACUCUGCCUACACACGAACCCCGCAAUUCGUGGCAGAGGAGUGGGAAGCCAUAUUCGCGCCGAAUGCUUCCACCCCUGCCGACAAGGUCGAGGGCGGUUGGAAGGGCGUCCUGUUCGCUAACUUGGCCCUCGUCAACCCCAAGGCAUCAUGGAGCUUCUUUGCCCAGCACCACUUUAACUACAGCUGGAUUGACGGCGGUGCCACACGCACAUGGUACCUAGCCUAUGCCGCUGCCCUUGGCGGUCUGUAG